AGCUAUGCUGCUGCUAUAAACAACCUCUGUGUCCCAAAUUAAAUAACCACAGAGUACAUCCAGAACUUCUGGACACUAGUGUUCUGUAGUAGCAGGAGCUGGCUGGCUUAGAAUGUGCUCUUGAGGGAGCAGGAAGGAACAUUUCAAACUCCCCAAACAUUUAGGCUUGUGUCCAAGUGUCAGGAUGACUUUCUCCAGCCUGAAGCAGCUUGUCCCUUUCCACUUCUAUUUAUUCUGUGGUGUAGCAGAAUUUUCUGGAUGUCUACAGACCAGUGCCUCCAGGGAGACUGGGGACUGCUGUGAUCCCUGCAUAUGUGCUUCCUAUACAUGGAUGCAUAUGUGAUUUGAAGUAUAUAAACCUGCUUCUAUCUCUUCCCUAAAACAGACUAUUAAACCUGCAUAUUUGGAGAAGUUUAAUGUCAGCAGUAUGGGGCAUCAGGUGAUAAUAUUUGACUUUUCGCUCAUAAGAGGACUCUGGGAGGCUCGAGUCAAGAAGAACAAAGAACGUCAGAGGAAAGAGAAAGAGAGAUUAGAAAAAAGUUCAUUAGAGAAGAUAAAGCAGGAAUGGAAUUUCAUACUGGAAUGCCGGAAGAAAAGCAUUCCCCAAUCAAAAUACCUCAAGAAUGGCUUUGUAGAUAUUGAUGAGAAAAUCUUGGACACAUGUGGAAAAACUCCUCAGCUACAGAAGAGGCUUAGUCUGUCAGAUGAAACAAAUAAGGAGAGAAACAAAUUUAUUUUUCAUCUUUCGGGAGAACAGUGGAUGGAAUUUCCAGAGUCUCUGAAAGAUCAUACAUAUCUGAAAGAAUGGCAUGUAAGCAAUACACUGAUUCAAACAAUUCCAGACUAUAUUGCUUUGUUUCAAGAUUUGAGAGUUCUGGAGUUAUCAAAAAAUCAAAUCAACCACCUCCCAGUGGAAAUUGGCCACUUAAAAAAUCUCAAAGUACUCAAUGUAAGUUUUAAUAAUUUGAAGUCUGUCCCUCCGGAGUUGGGUGACUGUGAGAAUCUUGAAAAACUGGAUUUGUCUGGAAAUAUGGAAAUAAGCGAGCUUCCAUUUGAACUAAGUAACCUGAAGCAAGUUACAGUUGUGGAUGUGUCAGCGAACAAGUUCCAUUCUAUUCCAGUUUGUGUACUUCGGAUGUCUAAUUUGCAGUGGUUGGACAUUAGCAGCAACAACCUGAGAGAUCUCCCAGAAGACAUAGACAGAAACUAUGUGGCUGGAUUAGAUCAACUGCAGACACUUCUCCUACAGAAAAACAAGUUAACUUAUCUUCCACGAGCUUUGGUUAACAUGUCAAAACUCAGUUUGCUAGUCGUCAGUGGUGAUGAUCUGGUUGAGAUACCCACAGCUGUGUGUGAGUCUACCACAGGUUUAAAAUUUGUAAGUCUCAAGGACAGCCCAAUUGAAACUAUUGUAUGUGAAGACACUGAAGAAAUUAUAGAAAGUGAACGUGAACGAGAGCAAUUUGAAAAAGAGUUUAUGAAAGCCUAUAUUGAAGACUUAAAGGAAAGAGAUUCUGCUCCUUCCUACACGACAAAAGUAUUAUUCAGUCUUCAGCUCUGAAGAUCAAUAAUCUCUAAAUCACUAGGGGAUACCAGAAUAAUUCUAUUUUUAUCUAACUGAAAAAUUAGACUGCCUGAAGCACUUCAAAACCAACAUGGAUUUUUUUUAAUUGUUUACCACUACUACUCCUAGAAACUACAGAGAAAGCAAAAAAUGGAAGAGCCAUCAUAAGAUUCUGUUUCAUCCUUCUAAACGCACACAUGCAUUUUUAUGUCCACCAUAACAAGCCCUAAAUUGUCCUAAUGAAAGUAUAUGUGAGUUCAGUUGUCCUCAGGAUAAAGAUGCUGUACACUGUAGUUGAAAUAGUGAAACAUAAAUCAAGGUAGAGAACAAUCUGAUUCAUAAAAGAGAAAUAUUUAGGUGGAUACAUAGGCUGAUUUGUUGUACUCUUAAGACCAAAUUACUCAUUUAAUUGUUUGCAAUAUUUAAAACACAUUUAUAUAUAAUAAUAUUUAUUUGCCUUAUUUUCCAAAUAGAUCCUGUAGAUCUAUUCUGUUGCUUUUUCAAGACUUUUCCCUGUUCACAUAUUCAAGUACCAAUGUGGCCGAAACUUCUUUAUAAAACAGUCUUAUAGCAUUGUAGGUAAUAAGAUUUCAAAGACUAAACAGUGUGAACAAGUACCUUCUGUAAAACUGAUUAUGAAGAUAUUCUACUAUUAGUUUCAAAAUACAGGAUUUUGUGGACAUUGAUGGGAAGUUUCUAAGCUGUGUAAGAAUGCGUUUGCUGGUAUAAAAAGUUAUGUUACUUGCUAUUUAAUAAUAUAAUAGUUUAUAUAUAACUGUAAAUGUAUAUACUGUAGGAAUCUACAUCUACGUAAUUUUUGUCUAAUAAAAUUAUACUUUUUAAUCUGAAAAAACUUGGGACUUGGAGAAUUUAGUCUCAAAUGGGAGAAUUUAAAUAAUCUUAAACUUUCAUACAUGCAAAUAGGAGAAAUUAUCUUUACAUCUUGAUUUUUUACAAGGAAACCCUCCAGAGUUGGUCUCUAAGUGUUAAAGCUGAUUUUAAGAAAGUCUUGGAAUAACCAAAAAGCCUCAAAAAUUGCAAAAAGCCAGUAUAGUAUCACUUUUUUUUCAAAGAGCCAUCAGAAUGAUUCAAGAAAUUAUAAGCCUAUCAACUUGACAAUCAUCUGAAACAGAAUAAUGGGAGAUCUGAAAUAGGUUCGAUAAGAAGCAAUUGAAAUUUGAUAAAGUAGUUGGCUUAUGGAAAUCAAGUUAUCUGAAAUUAACUUACAGAUCUUUCAGUGAAAUUAUAAAUUUGCUUCAUUAGGUGUUGAUAACAAUGCAAUAAACUUCUGUAAGAUAUCUGAUUUGGCAUUUCUUGAAAUUCUAUUUUUAGAGUCCUUUUUUUUUGUGUAGUAUGACCCACUGAACAAUCAUAGGCUUGUACACAAUCAUAGCAGCUGUGCUUACAGAAGAAAGAUGUACGUUUUGAGUUUUGAAACUCCAAAAAACAUAGAGGUUCAAAAAUAAUUAACCAAACAUUUAUUCCUAGUGCAAAUUCUACUGUCAGAAUUGUUGAAUACAUAAACAGAAAGUACACCAGAAUAGAGAAAUUGAACUUAUCUAACAUUUCUACUAAUCUUACUUGAAAGAAUGUGUACCACUUCUGAUACACUUCUGUUCAAAAACAAAGAGGAUAAAGAUAAACUGGAGAACAUUUUGAAAAAAACAAUGAAUAGAAAACAUGCACUUUAAGCUUAACUGAAUAGUGGACAAGUGUAUUUCUUUGGCAAUGUUUAUCAAUUAAAAAUCAUGAUCCAGGAAAAAAACUUCAUUGCAGCAACUUAAUGUAAAGCAGAAUGCUAAAAUGUGAAUUCACACUGUUUGAGACUAGAAACAAAUGACCUUUUUUUACUAAGAGUAACAAAGGGAGAACUAAUAAUAGGCUGUGGUAAGUUCUCUGUUGCACCUGUCUUUAAGUCCAGGUUAACAUUUUACUGAAAAAUUUGAUGUAAAUAAUAGAUGGUAAACAGGGGAUCAGAUUAGUGUUCCCAAUCCUGACUGCAAACUUUGUGAAUCUUAUUUUACUUGUAGAAUAUUUUUUGCAGAAUAUUACUGCCUAUAUUUUUAAUUUCAGAAAGAAAGGAUGUUUUUGUCACAGAAUUUCUCAAGUAGGUCUGCCCAAUGGGAAGAGGGAUGUGGUGGGUUAUUCUUGGGUGGCUACUGGGUGUACCACACUGCUCUUUCACUCUUUCUCCUUAGCAGUACAGGUGAAAAAAUAUGAUGAAAUAAACCCAUAAUUUGAGACAUGGGAGAGAUGGAGAUCCCUCACUGGUUACUGUAAUGGGCAAAUGUCAGGGAAUUGACUAGAUGAAUAUACGUCCGUGACAGAGGGCAAAAGGCCUCUGCCCUCUCCCCUCACUCCAGUCCCACAAAAUGGGAAGGAAGGAAGGGAGGAAAAGAACAGUGGCAAAAAUCUAUGGAGGAAAACUUAUUUUACUAUAAUACUGGAAUACAAGAUAACACAAUAUAAUACAAUUUAAUUGAAAUUGAGAUCAGUAAAUCAGACAAGAUGAGAGAGAGAGUUCCCAGGACCAAGUCAAAACUGAAAAGCUUGGAAUGGCUAGGAAAGCAUCCUUCAGCACCCACUGCAAGGCAAUAAGAGAGUGCCCCCUCACCCGGAAGGGCCAGAUCCUGUGACUUCUGUAAUGUACAGGGAAAGGUACUCGGAAUUGGGGCAUUAACACUUUAAUGCCCCAUACACUACAUGAUGUUUUGAUGUGGAAUACUGAAACCCAAAAAACAAAAAACAUAGAACCAUGACAGCAAAACAAACUUUUUUUUUUUGAAGAUAUAUUUGAUUUAUUACCAGAUAAAUGGGGUAGAGUAGGGGGCAAGAAAGAAACAAGCAAAAGCUAAAAACACAUUUAAAUCUCCAUCCCUUCUAUCCUGAUUUUGUUCCAAGGCUCGAGUUCACUCUUCUUCAAUUUUUCCACCUCCCUCUCCCUAGAGGCACAGACGAAUGAGAAUUGCAGUCAGCCUAUAGUACUUUGUCUCUGCUGUUCCUUUUUCCUCAUUCUCUUCCUUGUUCCAGUGUAAGGACCCUUUCAUAGCAUGCAGUCCUUCAGGAACUGCUCCAGAUUUGACUGCUUGAGCAGUUCCUGAAGUCUGCUAUUACUCAAGAGCUGCUCUAGCAUUGGUCUUUUUCAAGGGAUGGCCAGGAGCCUGCUUCUGCAUUGGCAAUCUGUGAGCUGCAGCUUCCUUUGGAGUAUUUACACUUGAUACAGCAUGGAAUUCUUCACAGGCUUCAGUGUGGAGGUUUGUUCCAUGGAAUGCAAGUGGGCAGUGAAUUAAACUAUGGUGUCCUUCAUUGGCUGCAGAGGAUUCUCUCCUCCAGUAUGUAGAGCAUAUCUUCCCCUCCUUCUUCACUGGCCUUCGUGUCUGAAGGACUGUUUCUCUCUACUUUUUCACAGUUUUCUCAGCUGCAGCCAUAUAACAUUUUGUACCCCUUCUUAGAUAUGCUAUCACAGAAAUGCCAUUUGAGUCUCUGAUGGGCUCAACUCUGUCCAGUGGUAAGUCCCUCUUGGAGCAGGCUAGAACACUCUUCAUCCAACAUGGGAUAGACCCUGGUCUCUUCUUACAGGGGUCACCCCUGCAGACCUCUCACUCCCCUGCAGGUCUCACUCCACUGGCAGGGUCUCACCACAUGAACCCAGUAUAAUGUUAUCCACAUACAAUUACUUCCAUUACAGUCAAUAAGCCCAGUAGGGAAUACAGGCGAAAUGAAAGUUCCACUAAUUUUAACAUAACUUUAGGUGAGUUCUACUUACGUCCUAAACAUCAAAAUGCUAUGAAAACAUACAUCCUGCACGGUUGUCUAUGGAUUUGGUUUGUCUUGGCCUAGUUUCGAGACUAAUGGCAUGGAGGGACCAUGCCCCAAAAGAUGGGGAAGGAAAAUCAUGACAAUGGUGUUAAAUAUAAUUUCAUUGUUGUCAUCCAUCACAAUAUCAAAUUUGUAUGUCAAGAGACAGACUUUGAAUUUAGUAAAGUUUUAUUGCUUUUUUUUUUUUAAUAGGAAUCUUUCUUUGGUCUUUGAUCUUUCACUAAAAAGUUUCACUUCAAGAGAAAAAAAAGACUAUGUAUUAUUGGCAGUUUGCAUAAUCCAUUUUUCAAUUUUUGAGAAUAAAUGAUUUUGUGAAUGAUAGGAAAUGUGAAUAGAAUGGAAUGGAAUAGAACAGAAUAGUUUUAUUGGAUGGGAGCUACAAAGACCACCACCACCAUCUGUUUGACCACUUCAAGGCUAAACAAAAGUUAAAGCAUUUUAUUGAUGGCAUUAUCCAAAUACCUUCUGAACAUUGAAAUGUGUGGGACAACAACUGAAGCUAAGAAGCCCGUAGCAGCCCUUGGCCACCCUUUUAGCAAAGACUUCUUUCUAAAUAUCCAGUCUGAACCUCCUCUAGUGCAAUUCUGUGUCAUUCCCAUGUCCUGCCAUUGGUUUCCAGUGAUUAAAACUCAGCAUUUUCCUCUGUUUCCACUCCUCUGGAAGCUGCAGGGAGCAGUAAGAUUGCGUCUUGGCUUCCUUUUCUGGAAACUGGACAGCCCAAAUGUUCUUAGCCUCUUCUCAUAGCCUGUUACUGGCUUUGUUGUCCCUGGACAGUUUGAAGUACCUUAACAUCCUUUUUAUAUUGUGGGAACGAGAAGGACACACUGCAACUGUGGGUUGUAUCAGGCUGAGGAUGCACUACUUCUGUUAGCUUUGCAGUGGUGUCUAGAUAAACUUCAUCAUAGUGCUUUCUCACUCUCCUCCUCAAAGGAGCGGAUGGAGAAAAUGUGAUAGAAGAGAGCUCAAAUGUUGAGAUAAGGCUGGGGAUAUAAUUCACUACUUACUGUCAUGAGCUAAUUCAGCAUAGGGAGAUUCAUAUAAUUUAUUGCCUAUUACUGACAGACAAGAACAGUGAUAAACUGAAAGCAUACUAAAAACUUUUUCACAUUCCACCAUAUUCUAUUUCCUUCUCCCACGAGGUACAGGGGAUUGGGGGCUGCAGUCAGUUAAUAAUGCUUCUUCUCUGCCACUCCUCCACUGUCAUUCUGCUUCUGCUCCAGCAUGAGGUCCUUCCCAUGGGACACCAACAUUCCUGAACUUAUCCUGCAUGGGUUUUUGCCACAGAGCCCAUCCUUCAAUUGCAGACUGCACCACAUGUGUCCCCAGUGGCAGCAGCUCCCCCAGCCCUCCUGGCCCAUAUGGGCUGCUCUCCAGGGCUGAAGCCCAGGCUUGGCACUAAUCUUAGGUUUCCCUAGCUUAUCAGCCACUGAAUCGUGAUUCGCAGGGAUAACUGGGCAAGAGUGGUCAGGCCUUUGGACAGAAAGUGUUAAAUCAAGGAUCUGGUUUCCCUUUGUUGUGAGCUUUCUAAUGCAUCCACCCUUCACUGCCCCCACCCCACUCAGUUGGGAAGGGCGAAGACAUCAGUUUUCUAAUGGCUUGGAUAGCCAUUCAGGUUCCCUGGGAGAGGCCCUACGACCAGGGGUUUUCUUUCCUCAAGAUUCUCGAGCUUUUGUUCUGGCCACCACUUAACUAAUUUCUCUAACCUGACAGUGGGUAAUCUAUUCAUCAAAUCUCGCGGAACACCCUUUUGCCAGCCCAGUAUCCAGAGACAAUUAUGUUUAUGAUCAAUAUUUUGCCUACCUGUUUUUACACACAAUUAAACCCUUCCAGUCCCUCUGAGCUUUGGGCUGGGUGGCCUGGGGGCAAGGCUGACUGCUGCAAGUAUUACUGCCCUUGGCUCAAAUUUAAUGGAGGAAGAAAUCACCGGCCCAUAUUUUCUUCCAUAGUUAAUUAACUCUUGGGCAACCUCCCCCCACAUCCAUACGUUAUUUCCUGACUGCAAUAGUUAAGGUUUACUGUUCCUUCCAACACUGCCUGGGUUCUCUCUCCCUGUGACAUAGCCUCUAUUUUUCCUUGCAGUUGUAUACCUACAAGUUUUAACGACUCUGGAAGCCCCCUAAUUAAAGCAGUCAUUCUCUCAGGAUCAACGGGCAUCCUCAUAGGUGAUUCAUGAUGUGGCUGCAGCUUUCUAUCAGACAUCAUUUGGAGACAAGCAGCUUUCUAUCAUACAUCCUUUGGAGAUAAGCAGCCUUUUGAACACCCUCUACUAACUCAUCAGUUAGUAGAUCAGUUGUUCUAGUAAUGGCAAGAGGGUCUCCCCUCUAUAAAGGGUUGAGACCAGCUGCCCAAUAGGCAACCCUCUGUGGUAAGGACCAAGGAGCAUAGUUGUUGCCAGUAGUUAAAAAUACUCCUGGUCCCCAAUAACUUUCUUCUUCCUUUUCUGUUAACUGAAUCUGGUCACCGCCAGUGAGACUAACCCUCCAUACACACUCUGUCUCUGAUUCCUUUGGAGAACAACUAAAAUCUUUUUUUCAGUUUUGCUAGUUCAGUGGCUGAGAAGGGAAUUUCUUCAAAUUCAUUUGAGAUCAUCUAGAUCCUCACUGUUAUCGAAUGUAUAUUCGGUUUUUAACAAAGGACGCAAUGGGGCUAUUGUGGUUUCUAAUUUGUCUAGUCUUGCCUUCAUUCCUUGUAGUUCCUCCCGAGGAAAAGUUUUUUCUUGAGGCAAACUAUGAGUGAUGGUAUCGCUGUCAUGCUUACACGUUAACAGCUCCUUAAAAGCCAUCUGCAACAAAGCCAAAUUACGUUUCUCUCUUUCUAAUUUUCCCCAAGGUUCACUAUUUGAUUCUGUUGAGUUUUUACCAAUUCUUGUGUUACUUUAACUGAUUCCUGCAGUACUUGUAUAGUUUGGGUUUCUGCCGAAUGCUUUUCAUCUUGGAACUUCACUGCAUAAAUAAACGACUUUCCUUUUCGA